UCUUUUAGGCGCGAAUUCUGCCGCAUAAUUUUUUUCGCACUUAAUUAUUGUCAGUAAAAACGUAGCUAAGUUAGUUAAUAAUAUGAAGUGCAAGAUACCGGAGAUCUCGUGGCACAACCGCGACCCCGUGCUCAGUGUGGACAUCCAGCCGAAUGGGCAAGGACUCCGAUCGCCGACGAUCUGUCGCCUGGCCUCGGGUGGCACCGAUGCCCAUGUCCUCAUUUGGUAUGUGAACCGCAGCAGCGAAGACGGCGAGGGUGUGGAUCUGGAGCUGGCCACCGAUCUGUCGCGGCACCAGCGUGCCGUCAACACGGUUCGGUGGUCACCUAAUGGCGAGCUGCUCGCCUCGGGCGACGACGAGAGUGUUGUGUUUAUCUGGAAGCAGAAGGCCGACCACGAAGUAAUCAACAUUGUGGACGCCGCCGAUGGAAACUGCGAGCAGGACAAAGAGGUCUGGAUGACGCUGAAGGUGCUGCGCGGCCAUCGCGAAGAUAUCUACGACCUGAGUUGGGCUCCCAAUUCGAUGUUCCUGGUCACGGGCUCAGUAGACAACACGGCGAUGUUAUGGGACGUGCACAAAGGCAAGUCUCUGGCAAUUCUAGACGAUCACAAGGGCUAUGUGCAAGGCGUGGCCUGGGAUCCGUGCAAUCAGUACAUAGCCACUAUGAGCACAGAUAGGCAAAUGCGCAUCUUCGACACGACCACCAAGCGAGUGCUCCAUCGGGUGAGCAAGUGUGAGUUUCCCGUGAAGGAGGGCCACGAGUUGCAUGAGAAGAGCAUCCGGCUAUACCACGAUGGGACCUUGCAGACCUUCUUCCGCCGCUUGUGCUUUACUCCUGACGGCAAGUUGCUCCUAACACCCGCUGGAAUUACCGACUACGACGGCGUAAUGAAGCCGAUGAACACCACUUACGGAUUUAGUCGUUAUGACCUUUCGCGACCUGCUUUUGUGCUGCCCUUUCCCAACGAGUACACGGUGGCCGUUCGUUGCUCUCCGGUGCUGUACCGUCUCAGACCGUACAAUGUGGAAAAGAAUCCGCCGAUCAUUGCGCUGCCCUACCGCAUGAUCUACGCCGUGGCCACUAAGAAUUCGGUGCUUCUUUACGACACACAGCAGGCGGUGCCCUUUGCAAUUGUCUCCAACAUCCACUACACCAGGCUAACGGAUCUGGCGUGGUCCAGUGACGGCACCGUGCUGAUCGUGUCCAGCACGGAUGGCUUCUGUUCGCUGCUUACCUUCGAGCCGGAAGAGCUGGGCGAGCGCUACGAGGAUAUGGAUGCAGUGCUGAGCGCUGCUCUCAAAUCGUCGGAAAAUGUGCCGCCACCACCAAGGAAAAAGAAGCAGAAAACUCGAAAGGCCUCGUCAGACGAGUUGGAAGUCACGAGAAAGCCUUUGCAGGAAAAGACCAAGUCAAAUAAAAUGAAGAAGACGGACGUUUCGGACCUCAAAGAGGAGGGCGGCGAGACAGAUGUGGAUGCUGACAACGAUUCCUCGAUGCAGAGCGCCAGUUCGUCCAGUUCGAGCAGCCCAAAAAUUAAGGAGAAAUCCGCCGACAAUAAGCCCACACCUAUUGCCUUCAGGCGAUCGCCACGCAAGGUGACGCCUGCGCCGACGCCGAUCACCAUACGACGAUCUCCGCGAAAACCAGAAGAUCUAGCCGCCACGCCGAAAUGUGGCACAGAAGACGUCGCUGCACAGGCUCCAGCGCCCAUAUCCAAUCGCAAGAAGGAGGAAGCUGUGGCGAGCGCAUCUCCUGUGCCCGUCAAGCGCAAGAUCAGCUCGGAUGUCGAGCUCCUAUCUAAAACAGAGCUCUCCCAGCCAGCAAUUGGCGUAAUUGCCGUGCUCGACAAGGAGAUCAUCAGCUCCGAAGAGAAGUUCGAGUCGCCCGAGAAGAAAAGUCGUCGGCCAGCGACGCCCAUUCAAGUGCGUCGGCAGCCGCGUACUCCGAGCAGCGCCAGCACUUCCUUCAACCUUACUCCCAAGAGCCAACCCGCCACCAAACAUGCUACGCCCAUUGCCGUAAGGCGAACUCCCCGCGUUCUCGUCGAAAUGCCUGUCAACUCCCCGAUUGGACCCGUGGAGGAAGCUAUGGAUGCCUGGCCCCUUGAUGAGGGCAUCAGUCCCCUGCCGGACACAAAGAAAGAUUCCCAAGAGCCGUUGUCAGAGGCCAAGGCGGAACCCCACACAAACACAUCAGCUGUCCUUGCGGUCAGUGAGGCGACCUGCGAACGGACAGAGGACAUCCGGUUGGUCUAUGAGGACACACAGGAGGAGGCCGGAACUCCGGCGAAGGCGACUGAGUCCAAGCCGUCCACGCCCAAUAAUAAGACGCCGCGACGGGUGUCUUUGCGAACCAUAUCCACGCCCAAAUCGAAAAAGAAACUGUUAGAAUAGCAGAGCAAUAGGUUUUAGUCGUAAAGGAUUUUAAACAAGAAAAUUAUUCAAAUAUACACAAGCCCCAAGACAAGGUAUAGAAGAAA